AUGGCCUUCCUCUUUGGGCGGAAUCGCCCACCCAGACCGCAAGAUGUCGUCAAGUCGGCCAAAGAGCUGCUGCAGAGAUUGAUACGGGAAGAGGGUCAGGGCUCGAAGGUGAGCGCAGCAAGAGAUGCAGGAGGUGUAUGUCCUGGGGCUAAUGAGGACAGAUCGAGGAGGAACUUGCUCGAACAUUGGCCCAGAUGAAGAUCACCCUCCAAGGCACCCCCGAGGCGGAAACGAAUCCAGACCAGGUCUUGCAGAUGGUCGCAGCGAUCUUGAACGAGAGUCUUCUACCACUUCUCGUCGACAACAUCUACCGCCUACCGUUCGAAGCUCGCAAGGACACGCAGACGAUCAUCUCGAAUGUCUUCCGGUUUAGAGCGCCGGAAAGCAGUUCGAGUGAACCGGAUGCAUUGAAAGAGGUGCUUGUACGCCAGCCCGAGAUCAUAGUCGCCCUGUGCAACGGAUACGAACGGCGAGAAAGUGCAUCGCCUUGCGGAGGCAUAUUGAAAGAGGCGCUCAAGUGGGAUGCAGUCGCAGCGGUAAUCCUGUACGACGAGCCACUGCCCAACGGGAAGACGGUCAACAUCUUCUCAGAGGUCGACACCACUUCUCAAUCAUCGGGCAAUGGCGUCUUCUGGAAGUUCUUCAGAUGGAUCGACAAGUCCAGUUUCGAAGUAAGCGCGGACGCAUUCGAUUGUUUCCGCAUGAUUCUCACGAAACACAAAGCCCUCGUGGCACAAUACAUCAACACCAACUUUGACAUGUUCUUCACCAAGUACAACGACAUCCUCAUCAAGUCCGAGAGCUAUGUGACGAAACGCCAGUCGAUCAAAUUGCUGGGAGAGGUAUUGCUGGAUCGCCAGUUCUACGAGGUCAUGUGCCGUUACGUCGAGUCGGGCGACAACUUGAAGCUCAUAAUGUGGCAAUUGAAAGACGACCGACGAAUGGUGCAGUACGAGGCAUUCCACGUGUUCAAAGUAUGGAUCCGACAUCAUUGGAGGUGGCACUUGACUGACGAGCAUGGACAGAUCUUUGCGGCGAACCCGAAUAAGUCGGUCGAAGUACAGAAAUUCCUGAUCAUGAACAAACAACGACUCCUCAAGUUCCUCCCCAAAUUCUUGGACGAUCGGACCGAUGACGACCAAUUUAACGACGAAAAGGCCUGGCUGGUAAAGGCGAUUGGGAACUUGCCGGAUACCACAAGCGGGAUCCGAUCGCCCAGCAAUUCGCAACAGCAGGGCAAUGGAGCGAGCGUCCAGUCGACGAACAGUGCUGCGCAAGUACGAUCGUGA